GUUUCGCCAAAGUUAGAAUGAAUAUGAUGUAUAGGCAACCAGUAUUACGACAAAUCUAAAAAUUACGAAACUGAAUUACUAUUUCGAAAUCACCUUCGUAUCAGAGACUGUUUCAAGCAUGGUAACAAAAAUAAUUACCUAAUAAAAGGUAAAGGUAACGUACGAGAGACUCUUGAGCAAUAAGAUUGUUAGAGAAAAUACGGAUAUAGUUACCUACAAAGCGUAACAAAAUGUUAUGUCAAAUUGUGAACCGUAGUUAUUAUUUUGUUAUUGUACACGUAUAUCGCGAUACGUAUAGGUAUUAUAUUUAUUAAAAAAAAAUAUAUAAUAUUAUGGCAAUAUGUUGUGAAAGUUUGUAGAAAAAUUAGUGAUUAGUGCUUAGAUCUUAUUAUAGAUUGAAACACGGUUGAAAGUGUGUGUGAUAGAAAUAAUAAAAAAUAUUGUAAACCAUAAUGAGCGCAACGAUGUUCACGAAAAUACCAGAAAUUAAAACAAAAAUACCCGUCCCAUCGAGCCCCCAACCCCUCCGAAGACAAAACAGUCUCCGGCUCAAAGACGAAAAACGAGUAUCCCUAUCUAUCCCUUCGCGUAGCCAGGACACCAACCACUCGGUUAGCCAGGACAAGAACCCCGUUGAUCGAUUUUCCGCUUCCGAAAAAGCUACGCAGUCCUCCUUCAGCCCUCGUUUGCAACGGGGGCGUUCGUUCAUGGAGAGGACCGACAGAGGGGUGCAAAAUGGAAGUCGACGACCGGAUAGAAUUAAGAUAGGGCACAAAAGUCCUGCUGACGUGCCAAAGAGUUUCAACAGUCCUGAAUCGCCGGGCAGGAUUCGAAGUUUGUCUCUAUCUCUAUCAAAUGCAAGAUUAACUAAUAACUCCAAAUCACCUUCAAUCACACAUUCAUCUCCUCAUCGUCCAAUAUCAUCAGAGUCCAGAAAUUUUUCAACAGGUGCUAUAGACGACUGGGAUACAGCUAGUAUAACUAGUAUAGGUAGCAUUAACAGCGUGGCGUCCUGUGAUCAUUCUAGUGUGGCCUGCAAUGGUACCACUUUUUCCGGAAGAAGCAUGAAGUACGUUUUUCACUGUAAUCAACAUGCCGGAGCUGUUGGUGACGAAUACUUAACGCCCACUCAAAGAGCUCAAAAGCAGGUCAGAAAGUUGAAACAUCUACUCCAGCAGGCCAAAAAAGAUUUAGAGGAAAAAGACAGUGAUAUAUUGAAAUUAACCAAAGAAGUAGUCGAAUUAAGGUUGUACAAAGCAGCUUUGGGUUCGCCUGAAGACAAAUCAAACUCAAGUGAUGCCAUCACUGUCAGAGAAAAUACGAGUAACGAAACGACACCGGAAGAUAUUGUGGACGGUAUCUCUAAUAACGUUAUCAAUGAACUGAACAGUUCACUUGGGGAUUCCGGCCAUUUUGAAGACUGCACGAAUUCGUCCGUUAAUUCUAAAGAUUCGGUAUUAUUUGAAGAAUGUAGAUCUCCUAGCAAAUCAUCAGGCAAGAUAGGUAGAUUAGAAAAAUCGACAUCUGCCGAUCUAGAUGCCGAACACAGAAAACUUAUCGAGGAGUACGAGAGGCGUUUCCAAGAACUCAUCCAAACGCACGAAGAAGAUUCUCUUCAAAUGAAACAGAAACACAAUGAAAAAGUCGAAGAACUUUUGCAAAGGAUUAGCGAAAUAAACUCGAGGUACUGGCAGUUGGUGCCUGAAUUAGAAGAAGCUAAAGAACGAAUUAAAGAGCUGGAAUAUCGAUUGGAAGAAGCCAGUAAAAAGUUGGAGGAGCAAACUGUCCAAGCAGCGGGAACUAGUUCUACAUCUGAUCAAAUUUUGAGAAAAAGUGAUGCGUUGAUUCAGCAUCAUACAAAGAUAAUAGAACUAGCUCAUCAAAAUCCAACUAGAGUAUCAGUACCAGAGUUGUUAAACGAAUUACAAGUAACCAGAAAUGAGCUGGAAAAUAUUAGGGAUGUUGAGUACGCAUCAACUUCUAAUAAUUCGCAACCGCUCUUGAGUGCAAAAGAGGCACUGUCUUUGUGGGUACUUGGUGCAAGAAAGGCUAUGUACCGGCAGCUGAUGGAGGCGAAAAGCAGAAACAAGAUAGAUCCGGAAAUCACGCUUCAAUUUCUUAAAUCGGCAGUUUAUUAUUUUUUAACGGACAAAGAGAAUAGCCAGGGUCACCUUAAGGCCAUUCAGAGCAUCUUAGGAUUUUCAUCUAACGAAAUUUCAAAUAUAGAAAAGGCUAGGUUAAAUUAAUUUUUCUAAAAAAUAAUUAUUUAGUGCCUAAAUAUAGUUAUAAAAUAUACAGAGUGAUUAUUAAGUGCUUUUUUGAUCGGUAUUUUCAAUGUUUUAAAAUAUUAUAGGAAUUGACGUUUUUGUCAGAUAUUAAUAUGCUUAGGAAAUUAUUGGAUUUGUACUUAAGAAGCGCCCUGUAUAAAAAAAUAUAAAUCGUUUAUUGAAAUUGUUACAGUUUACUUAAGUAAUAAAAAAAAUUUCUGCAGAAUUUAUAUUUUCACGAAGUAAAUCAAUGUAUUAUUGGAUUGCUAAAUAUAUUUACUUUUAUAUUUUUUAUACCUGUGUUAAAAAAAACUACCUACUUAUUUGAAUACCUAAUUGCGCCGUCAAAGUAAGGGUUGUAGUACUUGUAGCAAGUAUAUUUACUUCUUCAUUCAUUGAAACCCAUAUAUUUUUAUCAAGAUUUUUUCAAUAAAUUUGCAAGAUGAAGG